GAAUUCUGCAAGUCCUCCUCUCUCUACUCCUGGAUACGAGCUCAGAUGUAGAGGGAGCUUCAGAGUGAGCGCACACACACUGUGAGAGCUGAGGACCAGCUGGAGGGAAGUCACUAUACAGACACAAGGCGACUGCUCCACUCCCAUCACAUCCCACAUAGACACUGAAGGAUUCUAUACAAGAUCCCGAAACCUCCUAUAAGGAUUUAUCACAGGUGCAAAACUUCAGGAUAAUGAACUUUGUCAGGUGCACUGACGGAGAGAACGGUGGAUUACUUUAAACCCCUAGGAGACCUUAUGCAGUGUUCACCAGGCUACAAGGACGAAAGCGUGUGCCAUGAGUACUGAAUAGACAUACAUCAUUUGUGCUCAAUAGAGAACGACAAAAUGGAGCAGGAUUAUUCAGACUUACCCAACAUCACUGAGCUGUACUUUUCUCCUGUUUCGCAGGGGUACAUUAUGGAGACAACUAGCAAUGCAUCCACAAAUGAAACACUACCUUACUAUGACAUGACGAACAAUGCCAUCCUCACCUUUAUCUACUUUGUGGUGUGUAUUGUGGGACUUUGUGGAAAUACACUGGUCAUUUAUGUUAUACUCCGAUAUGCCAAGAUGAAGACCAUUACCAACAUUUAUAUCCUAAACCUAGCUAUAGCCGAUGAACUGUUUAUGCUUGGCUUGCCCUUUUUGGCCAUGCAGGUAGCUUUGGUCCACUGGCCCUUUGGCAAAGUUAUUUGCAGAAUUGUCAUGACAGUGGAUGGCAUUAACCAGUUCACCAGCAUCUUCUGCCUUACAGUCAUGAGCAUAGACAGGUAUCUUGCAGUGGUUCAUCCAAUUAAGUCUGCAAAAUGGAGGAGACCAAGGACUGCUAAGAUGGUCAAUGCUGCUGUAUGGACCAUCUCACUUUUAGUCAUUAUGCCAAUCAUGACUUAUGCCGGGAUACAAAGUAAUCGGGGCAGAAGUAGCUGCACCAUCAUCUGGCCUGGUAACUCUGGUACCUGGUACACUGGUUUUAUAAUUUAUGCCUUCAUCCUAGGAUUUCUGGUUCCUCUCAGUAUUAUCUGUCUCUGUUAUCUGUUCAUCAUCAUCAAAGUAAAAUCGUCUGGGAUAAGAGUUGGCUCCUCCAAGAGAAAACGGUCAGAAAAGAAAGUUACAAGGAUGGUGUCUAUCGUGGUAGCUGUCUUUAUCUUUUGCUGGCUCCCCUUCUACAUCUUCAAUGUCUCCUCUGUCUCUCUUUUAAUAGUGCCAACUCCAAGCCUAAAAGCCAUGUGGGACUUUGUUGUGGUUUUGAGUUAUGCCAAUAGCUGUGCUAAUCCCAUACUGUAUGCCUUUCUAUCUGACAACUUUAAAAAGAGCUUUCAGAAUGUCCUUUGCUUAUCCAAAGUCAGUGGUAUGGAUGAAGGAGACAGAAGUGAUAGCAAACAAGACAAAUCCAGGUUAAAUGAAACAACAGAAACACAGCGCACACUGCUUAAUGGAGAUCUCCAAACCAGCAUCUGAGCAUACCUGAAAUUCUAAAAUAAAGCUGUAUAUAUGAGCAACUUCACCUGAAACAACAUCCUCACUAGAUACUAUGAAAGUGAUAAACCAGCUCAUAGAUGAAAGUUCUUUGAGGUUUCCUUGACUUAUAGGUGGUUACUCAACCAAUGCUAUUAAUGCCACAAAUUAUAUAUAACCUGAAGAGUUUGUGUACAUGUGCACUCGGUGCAGUUGCAGUCAUUAGGAGUCUCCAGAAUCAUGUGCCUCCCCCUCCAAACACUUCACUGCCACCUCUUGAGUGUAGGGUCCAAAAUAUACGGAGAUGCUUAAAAAGAUAUAAUCUGUAAUGACUUACUGCAGGUCUCACAAGAAGAAUUCCUUCUAUACCACAUUGAUGUGCAUUCUAAAUACCAAACUCUGACUUAAAGGAUUUAGCUGAGACCGACCUUGCCCAACCAUGUUUUGUGAGGGUGAAGAUCUACGUCAAUAUCAGUGUUCCUCAGUUAUGACUUCACUCACUGUACAAUAUUAGCUGCCCAAUUGUCAAUGCUUGUAAGACUAUAGGUCAUCGUGACUCCAUGUUUUAUAUACAAAAUAUGGAAUUCACUAACAUUUAUGAAAAAUUGAGACCACCAGUAGUAUUUUUGAAUCAUACUGAUUAUCACCUUCACCAUCUACUAUUAUGUUUUAUAUCAGACAGGAAAGACACCAUCAUCUAGAUGUGGGCCAAGUUGUUUCAGAUGUUUGCCUAGCUAUGUGAAUAUAUAUAUAUAAAACACAUUCAUGUUCACAUUCACAUAACUAAAUUUUUCAAAAUAUUUCCUUUCUUGUAGUAAGUGCACUUUAUAUUUAUGGAGCAACACACUGCACUUUACAUUCGGGCAAAAUGGCUCUUUCUUUGUUGUGGAGAAAACCACUAAGUGAAGAAAGUUGACAUCCUGGUCUGAAUUGGGAGUAAAAUGCAAAAAUGUACUAAAACAAGACAGACAAUAAGGUAGAAAAAACGGCAUUUUCCAUUUUCAAAUAUCAGGACAAUCUUCAUAUCUUUAUACAGCACAAAGUUUACCCCAGCACCACUGACAAGUAUUGGGUACCAAAUUGGCUGCUAAUGGCAACACACUUGAUGCUGCCUAUUGCUUUGUCCAUGUAAGGGUUGGCAUGUAACCUGGGCAUACAGGUGGUCAAAUGUGCACUGCUUGAGUUCACUUUUUCAUUCUUGAUGAAGACAAAACCCAAGACUGGUAAGAGGAAAGUCAUAUUGUGCCUAAUGAAUACUACUUACAGAUUACCUGGUAUUUAUAUGCUCUACCAACUUUGUCUAAGUGGCACCAAACAUACCUGCUUACAUUUUAUUUAUUGACUUCAGCUAACUUAAACAGAGGCUUUCUGCCUGUGGAGCAAGCGUGGAGUUGAAAGUUCACAUGAAAAAAAAAUCCUGGCAUAAUAGAUUGUGCCAUUCUGUAAAAAUAUUAUCUUAUACAUCCAACUUAUGGGGUUGUGUGUACAAGGGAAUCAGCCACUUUGUGAGGUGGAUCCAAAGAAGUAUGUACUAGUAUAAGGACAGGCACCAUGGCUACCAUGGGGUCAGCUGAAGGGUUGGGCCCCCACAUUUUCCCAUGCGCUAUGCAUACCUGUGCUGGACCUAUGCUUUUGUAGGCUUCACAAUGGCAAAGGGAUAAUGUCAAUGGUCCAAAGCAAUGGUCCCUACAAGCUCUUCUAUACAUGAAAGGAACCUAUUCGAUUUUGGCUGUUGGUUCCUCAUUCCCUUUAUAUAUUUUUCUGGGUGAACCAGAGUCUACUCAGACUUUGGCCACAAAUGGGCUGUUUCCCUAUGGACCAGUGUUCCCCAAGAUGUGGCUCUACCACUGCUGUGGACCAUAACAGAAAUGUGUCAUGCAACUUUACAGAUGUUCUCUAUUUGUCAUAUUUAAAUUUUGUAAUAUAUUUUCAGAAAGUGCUUAAAUUAUAAAAAUGCUUGUGACAACAUUAAAACAGAAGCUGUA